GAAGCAGCAAAGGAAAGGAACGAGAAAACCCCGUACGUUUCGAUUCCCAAAAAUAUACUCAACUCAACUUUGAAUUGAAGGUUGAAGCACGAAUUAAACAUUCAAUUCAACCCAAUCCUUACCUUUCUGUGCCUCACUUAGCUUCUUUGCUCUCUGGUCUCCAACCCUUCCUUCCUGCUCGAGUACACCCACAUACAACCGUUGUCCUUUAACUCAUACCCUUCCUUAUUCAAUCCAUGGGUGUCUUUGAAGCUCUCAAAGACAGCAGCUUUUGUCUCAUGUCAUUGAAAUCCCAACACCCUUUUGUCCAAUAACUCUAAAGUUUGUGUCUUGUUACUCUAUUCACUUUGUGUUCAUUCAUUCGCUUCUCUGCUUCUUUGGGUUUUGCUAAGAUGCAACUCGAUCUGGAGUCCUUGUCAGAAGCUACUUCUGGUGCCAUUGGAUCCCUUGUUAGCACCACCGUCUUGUACCCACUUGAUACUUGCAAGACCAAAUAUCAAGCUGAAGUUCAAGCUCACCAUCAGCGAAAAUACAGGAGAAUUUCUGAUGUUUUAUGGGAAGCAAUUUCUAAUCGUCAGGUGCUUUCAUUGUACCAAGGCCUUGGGACAAAAAACGUCCAGUCCUUUAUUUCGUCGUUUAUUUAUUUCUAUGGAUACAGCUACUUUAAGAAGCUAUAUUUGAAAAAAACUGGAAACAAUACCGUUGGAACAGCAGCAAACUUGAUUGCUGCUACUGCUGCUGGGGUCUGUACAAUAGUAAUAACACAGCCCUUAGAUACAGCAUCCUCAAGGAUGCAGACAAGUGAAUUUGGAAAAUCCAAAGGACUCUGGGAGACCCUUUCAGAGGGUACAUGGAGUGAGGCAUUUGACGGUCUUGGCAUAUCUAUUCUUUUAACAUCAAACCCAUCUAUUCAGUACACUGCAUUUGAUCAGCUGAAACAGAGACUACUAAAGGGUAAGAUGAGCAAGAAAACAGGAACAAAGUCAUCCCCGGAAGUUCUUUCUGCAUUUUCUGCUUUCAUGCUGGGUGCAGUUUCGAAAUGUGCUGCUACGUGCUUGACAUACCCAGCUAUCAGGUGUAAGGUGAUGAUUCAGGCUGCUGAUUCAGAUGAUGAUAAGAGUACAGAAGCUGAGAAGAAGGCACGGAGGACAAUCUCUGGAGCAAUCUAUACUAUUUGGAGAAGAGAAGGCCUGUUGGGAUUUUUCAAUGGAUUACAGGCGCAAAUAUUGAAAACUGUUCUCAGCUCUGCAUUACUUAUGAUGGUAAAGGAGAAGAUCACAAAGUCCACAUGGAUUCUGAUGCUCAUGAUUGGAAGAUACCUGUCUGUCAAUCCCCCCAAAUUGAAGGCAGCUUGAAUUUGUGAUGAGUAUAUUUUAAAUAAUUUCUCAUCCAAGAAUAUGCUAUAAUUGACUUUGUCUGGUGUGGAGGAAAAUAGUGGCAGAUGCAAGAAAUAUGAGCGUUGCUGGCGGUUAAGAUUGUGUUUCUAAAGAAGGAAUGCGAAAAAUGAAAAUUCAGAACAAUGGAGUCUGUCUCAUCUAAUAUGCUUUUUUCCUUGUUAAUAGAAGUAGCCUGUUUUCUGUUAGCUCUAUGUUAUGCACCUCCAAUUGGACUUGUGAUUUGUAUCAAAACUUCCAAGCUCAAAAUUGAUAUUAUUGAUGAUAAUGACAAGAAUAAAAUAACA